AAGCAUGAAACAAAACUGUUCUCAUCGACACAUUUUAGGUCCAACCCUUUACAUUCAAAUUAUCACGCAAGUGCCAAAGUGGGCUGAUAUCGGCAUAUUCUCAUCUGGCUUUCCAAAAUGUCGACGGCGAAUUCGAGUUGUGGUUUGAUUAAACAAUUUGUCUAACCGCGCUUCCAGAACGAAACAGGGAAAUGUUUUGAGUUCUUACUCUACCCGAGGUGUUGGUGUACAGAAUCUUUAAGAUGUUAGCAAACUUCGUAAACACCCUUUAACGGACAAUCCCAGAGCACAGUUCUAUCCAACUAAUCGAAGUUGAUUCUGAUGUCGAGAAACCACCAUUGUUGGCUUGCAAUAAUUGUGGUGUUCUAACAUUCAGUGAAGGGUGAAAAUGUGACUGCUACAUUCAUGAUUUUAUCAAAAACCAGUUUGCUAAAUAUGGUGUGAUUAAUGAUAAUCAUGUUACGCCUGUUUUGCAACUCUACAUCUUAACCAUUUCUGAAAAACAGAAACUUAUGAUUUCUUUAUUGAUGGUGCAUCAGACUUUUCCACUUACCAAUUAUUAGAUUCGUUUUAUUAAUUGCUCAUUGUUAAUGGCUUUAAAUCUAAUUAGAUCCAGUCUUGUUGGUAAUCUUAUAACUUACAUCUGACUGUCAUGUCUUUAAUGUAGUCCUUAAAAGUAGGAGGGAUUUUGCGGACUAAUAUUUGGCCGUAUCAUCAUGAAAUUGCUUGCACAUGGCGAAACACCUAAUUGACAUUGCUUAAUUUAGGCCAAAAGUCGAGUGCCUAGUCUGCCGAAAUAUGGAAAACUGUUUGGUAUGGCUGUGAGUGUUCGUCAGCCUCAAUAACCGUCUAUUUCGACGGCCAUUUCUGCCUAGUGUAUGAAUCUUGCGUUUCACUACUAACUUAUACUUAUUAUGCCAUUAUUUUAUUCCUGGAACCAUAUUAUCAAUCUUGCUAUCACUGACACCUAUUUCGACUCUUGCUACUCUCUUCAUGGAAUUCACCUCAUUGUUGGUGUAACUCAUUGAACCGAAUCACACUUAUACUAUAUCCUUCGUUUUAUGAAAGGUAACUUAUGCCUAUAACUUACCCUCUGUAGUGGUUUAACGGCAUAUAGGAUAUGUUUCUGGGACUUCAUGUGUUUCCAUUUUGUUUUAGAGUAUGAAUUGAUCUCAAGUAUGGAUUACGCCAAACUUAGUAGCUAUCGACACGCCGAUCCUUUAAAAGUACGUCAAGUUUGGGAUGCUUUUGGUGUACUUAAAUCCCACCGACUAGCAGUACCAGCAGACAAAAUUAGCAAAAUUCUUCGCAAAACAUUGGAUCUAAAAGAUGAUCAAAUAAGGUUACUCCUUGAUGAAAUUGAAGGUGAUGGAUUAAUUGAAAAAAUAGAGCCUCCGUUCGGUAAAAAUGGUAUGGUUCGUUACCAGCUUCCUGACUUUUCAAAACAGCAUCCUAGAGGCAAACAUGAUUGGUAUUGCUUCCAGUGCCAUAGACCUGGUGAAGUUUUACGCUGUCUCGAUUGUUUCCGUGUAUAUCAUUCUGAUUGUGUUCAAGAAGCAUCUGGUCCUAAUAGUCCAUCAAGAAAGUCUAUGCGUUCACCAACUCUUCAUGAUGGGCAGGAAGAUAAUUUUACUUGUCCUGUAUGCGAAUCUCGACCGAAAUGUGAAUUCUCCCGCAAGCAGAUAAGGAAGCUAUUGGAAUUUGCAACCCAUCAAUUGAGGAAGCAGCCAUUGUGGAAAACAUUUAUUCAAGUUGGUUAUAAAGGUGAAAUAACAAAAAAUGAGUACCUUGUGUAUAAGUACACUGAUCUAGAGCUAUUGCAACGCAAGAUAAAAGAUGGUCGGUAUGCUGCUUUAGAGGAAUUUUCUAUGGAUGUGCAAUUGCUUGUUCAUGAUGUCUGCAUUCUUCAUGGCCCUUAUAGUAAUCAGGCCGAUGAGAUACGAUUUUUCUUUCGAUCUGUUAAUACAGAAUUAAAUGAAAUCCAAUUGUGUACUGACUGUUAUAUCAAUGCUAAGGCUCGUGUUACAGACUGGAUUAGUAAACCCUGCAAACCACGUCAUGAACUGAUAUGGGCACGCAAUCGCACAUCAGCAGGGGCUGGCCUGUUUAACGAUACUUCAGUCUCUCAAUUCUAUUGGCCUGCAAAAGUUUUGUUGGAACGCGAUGACGGAUAUGAGAUACGCUUCUUUGGAGGCUCCCAUGAGCGGAUGUUCGUAAAGAAAGCCCAUACUCGUGCUUUUCACCUCCCAGCUGAUGAAGUUGGUGUACUUCGACGUUCAAACGCGACAGGUGCGAUCUCAGGUGGAGGAUUUGAACGAGCUUGGAAUGAAGUCAGUAAAUUACAAGCUAACAUCGAUAGUGGAUAUUACACACAUUCUUCUGGUGAAAGCGAUCUUCCCCCAUCUGAUGAUGAUUACUCUGACGAAAUGUAUCUUGGUCCGCGGCGUAAAACCCUCAUCCAGAGCCAACGUUCACAUCGUGCAGAUAGUCCUAGAUCGUCUCUUACUUCUGGUAAUACCAAGGCUAAUAAAAGGAGGCGUCACACUUCUUCAAGCAGUCAUCAAACGACUGCUAGUGAUACUCCUACUGGUGGCUCACCCACUCGUGAUGUCUCACCAUGUACUCAUGGUGGCAAGCACUUCAGAACCCAUGGUCUCUUGCUUAAUUCACACACCGAUCUUACUGACAAAAGAUUGGCAAGUAAUCGUCUUCCAAUGCCGGUUGUUCAACCCGGUACUCCAGGAGCUGCAGCUAUAUCCGCCUUAGCAGAGACAAAAGCAGCUAUGGCAGCUGCAGUUGGGUCUGGUCGUAGGCCCGCUGGAUCAUUUACUGCUGACCUCUUAUCUUUAACUCAUCGUGAGCAUGAUAAACCUUAUCGAAAACAAUCAAAAGAAAAUCAUUCAAACGUUCCGAUACGUGAUAGCCCAUCUUCAUCUGUUUCAUCAGGUUCCUUGUCAGGAGUAGAUGUUCCUCGCACCGCAAAUAAUAGUUCUCAAAACAACUGGUGUUCUAAUUCCUCUACUGAUUGGAAAGUUAAAAAGACGGAAAUGCCACGUCGUGGACGUCCACCUAAAUCUAGAGGUCGUGUAAAAGCUGUUAACGAUGUUGUUCGUUCAAGUUGGUGUUCACCAACAGCUGAGAGUUCAGAUCCUGAAGGCAAUUCGGAAUUGUGGACAAAAUCGGGUUCUUCAAGUGUUAUAAAACCUAGUCCAACUCGAGGACGACCGAAGUUAGCUGCCUCAAAUAGCUCUCUUAAUCGUAUUGAAGAUGCUAAAAGAAAACGGUUAACGAUUCCAAAUAAAACUUCGAUUCAAGAUACAGUGAAUUCCGGAGGUAAACGUUCUAAAAAGUAUUCCAAACAAAUGGAUAGUUUUGGUAAUGUUCGAGAUGAAGAUGAUGAGCUAACUGACCGCUGUGAUUCUCCCAUUGGAAACGACAGUCAGAAUUUGAGGCACUCGAAUAACUAUCGUUGGCAUUCGCAUCAUUCAUCAAGUGUUUACAACACAUCGGGUACACCUGUUUCUUCAAUGAGAAAAUCUGGAACUAAUGAUUCGAGUAUCCAUAAAACAUCACCAUCUAAGAAGGCAUCUACUGCUAAACAGCGUUCUUCUCAUUCUAGCAAUUAUAGUACAUGCUCUUCACCCUCUUCUUCUGAUAUGGAUGACAACGAUGAAAGUGGACGCAGACAUCGUAAUAUUGUCAAAGUUGACGAUGAAGAUGAUGACCGUAGAUUCCGUAGUCCAACUCGUAGUGGUUCAAGCAACAAGGAUAGAACUUCUGGAGCAAGCAGUACAAUGUUACGUCGACCACCAUUCGCUCCUCCUUUGAAUACAUCUGUAUCCAUUAGUAAUUCGAACGCUACUAAUGAUCGAAACAGUCUAUCUACUGCUACAAACUUAUUUUCUAAUACUGGCCAAAAUCUUUUUUCUCCAUGCAAUGAUUCUGUUGUUACAAUAAAUUCUUCAGUGAAUUCAGGAACUUCAUCCACUAAUAACAGACUAAGUGGUUCCGUUCAUCCUACUACAUCUAAUGCUAAUCUUUCUUCACAUUUUAUGUCUUCAGGUGCCUUGUCUAGCAAUUCCAAUAACGUUGCCACUACUCCCGGAAUGUCUACUCUCCCACGUUCACACUUACCGCCAAAUAAACGUGCUGCUGCUGCAGCUACAGCAGCAGCUCUAAACAGAGACUCAGUUGGAGGAGGAGUAAAUGAUGUUUCAAAUGAAACUAAUCAACGUCAAGCCUCGGUGAAAAGUCCUGAACUUUCUGUGACAUCCUCUCCGAGAAAACAACUUCAUAAAGGAAUUCAGACCCCAGCCAGUAUGGAAAUACCGAUAUCAUCUCAACAACCAUGUUCACAGUGUAAGGAACGUGAAGCAGAACGGUUGACUGCAGCUAAUGAUACUAAAAGAGCUUUGCGAGAACUUGAAGAAAAACUCAUAGCUCAAUUUAAAGAAGAGAAAGCUACUGCUUUACAUUCAGCUCUUGAACAGGCUCAAGCCAGUGCUCGUGAGGCUAUUGAACAUGAACGUAAAUUAGCUCAUGAUACUUUGGAAGCUGCUGAGGCAAGAUUUGCAGAAGUUAUUGUUCAGACUAAACGUCGACAGUGGUGUCGUAAUUGUCUUAUGGAGGCUAUCUAUCAUUGUUGUUGGAAUACUUCGUACUGUAGUACACAGUGCCAACAGGAGCAUUGGCAAAAAGAACAUAAACGUCAGUGUCGUAGAAAACGAUGA